CCAAGUCUCCUUCCUCUAGAGACAGAUAGAAAACCAGCUGCUUCUUCAUUUCUCUUUGAAGCUUUUGGUUAAAAUCUGUUUUUCUCAUUGAAUUUCCCAAAUUAGAUAAAAGAAGAGAAAGAAACCUCAUUUCAUCGGUUACUAAAUAUUCUCAUUCACUCACAUUCCAAAUCUCUCUCUCUCUCUCUUGAUCAUCUUUCUUCUCUACUGACCAAAGUAGGAACCUUUGUAUAAAAGACCAAAACAGACUGUUGCUGAUCUCACAUUCUCUAGUUUUGUUAGAUCUACAAAACCUCCUCUCUGUUUUGGUUCAAAGUAGGAACCUUUGUAUAAAAGGCCAAAACCACAUUUGAUCCAAAAAGCUCGAAUCUUUGAGUUGUUUUGGUGGUUGUGUGAGGAUUAGUGAAGAAGCAUAAGGAGGCUAAUCAAGCCACACAGUUUCCUGAUUCCUAAUCAGGAAGCUGUGGAAAAACUAUGGGCUGCAAUGUCUCCAAAGGAACACGAACAAACGAUACCGUGAAGAAGAGUGUGAAGGAGAAGAAAAAGCCUGUUCCUUCAAGCAAAGCCAAUGUAGGAGGAGGAUCCGAGGAAAGAGCUAGCUUUAUCAACAGCAACAUCAACGAAGCCACAUUGGAGCUCUUGAUACCCUCUGAUGAUGGUGCUGAGAAGAAGGUGAGAAAAUCUUCCAGAUCUGUGUUCCAGAGACGGCUCACCACAGACACCAGUAAAGUAGGAGCAUUGCUGCAGCAACCUAAUGGAGAAAGAGGAGCUCAGGUUGUGGCUGGUUGGCCUUCAUGGCUAGCUUCCGUUGCUGGAGAAGCCAUCAAUGGUUGGAUUCCACGCAAGGCUGAUUCCUUCGAGAGGAUGGAGAAGAUUGGACAAGGGACGUAUAGCAGUGUGUACAAAGCUAGGGACUUAGAGACGAACAAGAUAGUUGCGCUGAAGAAAGUGAGGUUUGCUAAUAUGGAUCCGGAGAGUGUUAGGUUCAUGGCGAGAGAGAUCAUCAUCCUUAGAAGGCUUGACCAUCCUAAUGUUAUGAAGCUUGAGGGUUUGAUCACUUCGAGGGUGUCAGGGAGUAUGUACCUUAUCUUUGAGUACAUGGAGCAUGAUCUCUCAGGGCUUGCUUCAACCCCUGGUGUUAAGUUCUCUGAGGCACAGAUUAAAUGCUAUAUGAAACAAUUGUUACAUGGUCUAGAACAUUGUCACAGCCGAGGUGUAUUGCAUCGUGACAUCAAGGGCUCUAAUCUGCUUCUUGACAGUAACAACAAUCUCAAAAUUGCGGAUUUUGGUCUUGCUAACUUUUACGGAGACCAACACCAGAAGCAGCCUCUCACUAGCCGUGUUGUGACUCUGUGGUACCGUCCACCUGAACUCCUGCUCGGUUCAAUGGACUACGGCGUUACUGUGGAUCUGUGGAGCACGGGGUGCAUUUUAGCUGAGCUUUUUAAUGGGAAGCCUAUCAUGCCUGGAAGAACUGAGGUGGAACAACUGCACAAGAUCUUCAAACUCUGUGGAUCGCCUUCUGAAGAGUAUUGGAAGAGAUCGAAACUUUCGCAGGCCACAGUCUUUAAACCUCAGAAUCCUUACAAGAGGUGUGUAGCCGAGACGUUUAAGAGUCUUCCUUCUUCAGCUUUGGCGUUAGUUGAAGUUCUUUUAGCUGUUGAACCAGAUGCACGUGGAACCACGGCUCUUGCCCUUCAAAGCGAGUUCUUUACGACAAAGCCUUAUGCAAGCGACCCAUCAAGUUUACCAAAGUACAAACCCAAAAAGGAAAUUGAUGUGAAGCUUCGAGAGGAGGAAGCAAGACGGAAGAAAGGCACAAGUAGUAAGCAGAACGAGUCGAAACAAGUAUCUAGAGAAUCCAAAGCAGUGCCGGCUCCAGAUGCCAAUGCUGAGUUACUAGCAUCACUACAAAAACGUCAAGGGCAGAGUAACCAGACAAGCAUGAGUGAAAAGUUCAAUCCUAAUGAAGACGCAGCUGGCUUCCUGAUCGAACCACUGAAGAGUGGAACCGGACAAAACGGUUACGCACGCAAUGGUGUGUCCUCGGGCUCGAGUAGGUCUACUCCUAGGAAAGAGCUGAGGGGACAACGGUCUUUUGUUCAACGCGGAGCGGCACAGUUGACAAAGUUCUCAAACUCGGUAGCUGCUAGAGAUGCGUCACAUUUCGCUAUAGCAAACCCACGGUGGCUUGAAGAUAGGUUGAAUAAUAACAACGACGGAAGGCAAGACGAUGGUGAUUGGUCCCAACGUUUGCUGGUUAAACCCAAAGAUUGUACAAAGGACAAAGAAUCCAUACUGGGCUACGGUGAAAAGACAGAGAAAAUGAACUACUCAGGGCCGUUAGUUUCUGCAGGAGGAAACUUAGAUGAGAUGUUGAAAGAACAUGAAAGACAGAUUCAGGUAGCGGUUCGAAAAGCUCGAGUGGACAAGAAGAGUAAUAGGGAUGAUCAUGGACAGACAUAGGCCUGGGCAUUCGGGUCGUCGGGUCGGACUCGGGUCGGAUUCUUUCGGGUCCGGGUCUUUCGGGUCUAAGAGUUUAGGAUCUGAUAGGGUAAUUUCAAAUUUUCGGUUCCGGGUCGGUUCGGGUUGUGCCGGGUCCGGGUCGGGUCGGGUCUUAGAUAGUUAGACCCAUUCGGAUAAUUAGAAUUUAUCGGUUCGGUUUCGGGUCGGAUUCGGUUCGGGUUCGAUCUAAAAAAGACCUAAAAAUACAAAAAAAUAUCUGAAAAUAUUUAUAUAUCCGAAAAUAUUCAAAAUUUUAUUCAAAAUUUGUGUUUUUAUUAUAUUAAAAUGUGUAUAUAUACUAAACUUUGCGAAAUACAACAACAAUUCGUUGUCUCCUAGUGGUUGACCUCCAUAUUCUCUAGACAAAUAACCCGUCUUCGACUCCCCCUUAAUGCAUUUUAUUUAAUUUACAUUAUUAAUUCGGGUACCCAUCGGGUUUCGGGUUCGGGUCGGGUCGGGUCCAAGACCCGCGGGUCCUCUACAACAAGACCCGAUAGGGUAAUUUGAUAGGGUAAUUUGAUCGGGUCGGUUCCUACCCGAACCGGGUUUUUUCGGAUCGGUUCCGGGUCGGGUCUUCGGGUCCGGGUAAAAUGCCCACACCUAGACAGACACAAGCGUUUCUUGCUGCAAACGGUAGGUGAGAGAUAUCAAACAAUCAAAGAGAAGAAAAUAAAUAAUCUUUGGUGAAGUGUUGUGUAGUGUUGAAAGCUAGACUUGUGUAAUUUAUUUAUUCUUCAUUCGUUUCA